AAUAACUCCAAGGCGCGCCCUUUUCCCACGACGGACUCAUGCAGAAGGAAUCGAAGCUCCGUUACGACCCAUCCGAGCACGCCAAGAAGCAACAGGCUGCUAAGGAGCGAGCAAAAGAGCUGCGCGAUGCUCGUUCCCGAGGUGUCGUUAGCGACGCAUGCACCUUUGCUCCGAAAGUAAAUCCAAGAAAAACAACCGACGACAACAAUGAACCACAGCAAUCCGCCCCCCCUGGAUCCCCUCCCAUUCGAUCCAAGUUUCAAUCGACACAACAACCACCAUCGCCAACGAUAAAGUCCAAGUUCCACAACCAACAAGUCGAACAAACUUCUCCUCGUUCUGAGUCUCCACCUCCUUCAAGCCCCCCAAAGCGUCGAGCUGCGUCAAAUGUAAAACGAUCGAACCAGCCACCCAAAAUGCAGCCGAAUGACUCUUCCGAUUCGUUGGACCGCUUGUCGGGGUCGUACUCGCGGCAAACCAGCUCCAAGACGAAGGAAACGUACCAACCUUACGAGUCCGAGGAGCCUGAGCACGACACACUGUCGAACGAACUCAAGACGCGCACGGGUAAAGUCAUUGCACGGGAGACCAAGCCCAACUUUGCGAAGGGGGGCGGAGGUGACACGUGCACGCGCAACUCGAGUUGCCGAUGCCGACAAUGCGAUCCUUCCAGUGCCGUCGAAACGGCCCCAGCUCCUUUGGCGCGCCAGCGAACAAUGAAGCAGAAUCCUUCAGUUGUGGCCGACUCAUCCUUCACCGUGGACCAAAAUUCAUUGUCGCUGCUCAAGUCGAAAAUGUCACGCCGAAAGAGUCGCAGUGCGCCAACGAAACCGGCGUCCAUGUUCAUCGACGACGACAAGCCGCGGCAUGUUGUGCACUCGGCCCGCGAGCCUCCUGCAAUGCCGCAGGCACUCGCUGUGCCGGAGAAGCGCCGCCCACCACCCCCCGUUGCAGCAUUCGAACCACCGCCAAGCGUCUUCGAUGGAGUGCCUGAUGGGGAUAGUGAAGUCCAAGAUGAUGGUGCAAACCACGAAUGCCCAGAUUGCCAUCGCAAAUUUAAUGCGACUGCGAUUAUCAAGCAUCAGAAAAUCUGCAAGAAAGUAUUUCAAGGGCCAAAGAAAGUCUUCAACAUGGCUGCGGCACGUCUCAAAGGCACAGAUGUUGAAAAGAUGCUUCAAGAAAAGGGCAUUUCGAUCAAAGCAGCAACGUCCGCAGCGGCACAAACAAAGACCAAGAACGAUGAAGCUGCUGCCAAGAAAGCUGACUGGAAGAAAAAGAGUAGUGCAUUCCGGGAUGCUAUUAAAGGCAGCCGUGACUACGAGCAAGCCAAGAAAGAAGGCCGGGAGCUGCCACCGCCCAAGCCAGCCGAAAUUGACCCAAGUCUCGUGCAAUGUGCAUAUUGCUUACGACGGUUCAAUGAGAAAGCAGCUGAGCGCCAUAUUCCCCAUUGCAAAGAAAAAGCAGAACGAUCGGCGAUGGCGGGAGGACCGAAAAAAGCUGCUGGAAAAGCUUCGGCCCCUCCAGCCAAGUUGGCCCCACCUAAGCCAGUGGCAAAAGCUCCUGCCAAGAAGAAAUAGUGGUUUCCCAAUAUCACGAACGCUCACGCCGGCGCUGUAUUACCCCUUCACACGACUAUUCGUCUCUACCCCGAGUGAUGAUGAUUUUCGAUGACGAACAACCUGUCAUGGUGAAACACAACCGUGUCGCUUGGGGGCGCCGUCAACACGUACGGCACAG